GAGGUUCUUGUAUAGACUCGUUAUUUCCCUCUGUAAAGGAGCUGUUUAGUUCAUCUUCGCCUGGUGUGUAAGAACCCAAGGGAGGCCGUUCUUGCAGCCCAGUCCUCCACUCCCCUCCCCGAGAGUCUUGGCUGGAGCCGCGAGUCUGUCAAUCCCGGGGCGGGAGACAAGGCAGACAAAGGUUCAUUUGUGAAGCACCUCCUUCCAGCACCUCCUCUCCUCUCCUUCUGCCCAAACUCACCCAGCGAGUUGGAGCAUUUUAAAAGAGUCCUCUGACAAGAAGACCAAAAGGAAAGAAGAAAAGGGGCCAAAAGCCAAAAUGAAAUUUACAGUACUUGUCACCAUUGGGCUAACUUUGCUGCUAGGAGUCCAAACCAUGCCUGCAAAUCGCCUCUCUUGCUACAGAAAGAUACUAAAAGAUCGCAACUGUCACAGUCUUCCAGAAGGAGUAGCUGACCUGACAAAGGUUGAUGUUAACGUCCAGGAUCAUUUCUGGGAUGGAAAGGGAUGUGAGAUGAUCUGUUACUGCAACUUCAGCGAAUUGCUCUGCUGCCCAAAAGAUGUCUUCUUUGGACCAAAGAUUUCCUUUGUGAUUCCUUGCAACAGUCACUGAGAAUCUUCAAGUAUUCCGGAGAGCACCAUCGCUAAUUUCCAAGAAACUGCAUUUCUACUUUCUAUCCAUGCAAUAAAGCACA